AUGGGUCGCCCCCGCGAAGCUCUCAACAACGGCACACAUCUCUGGGAGAAGACAGUGAUUCUCUUCUCCAUCGACGGCCUCAAACCAUCGUACCUCACUCCAGAGCAUCUUCCCAACCUGCAUCGCCUCAGCUCGAUCGAUGACGCACGGACCCUAUUUGGCCCCUCUAUGUGGCCUAUGUCGCCCAGCCUCACCUUUCCCAACCACUGGUCCCUCAUGACGGGCCUUGAGCCCUCAUCGCACGGCAUCGUCGCCAACGACUUCCUUGACGUGGGAAAGAACAAGACCUUCUACUAUACAGACCCGGCACGAAGCUGGGAUGCCGGCUGGUGGAAGGGUGUUCCGCUGUGGGAGGCUGUCCAGCGACAAGGGCGCAGAAGCGCUAAUCUCAUGUGGCCUGGUCCGCCCAAAACGACUCGAGGCGCUUCUCCAGACUUCUUUCAAGAGUACGAAUCGCCGAGGGAUUGGCCUAUGGAAAGGAGGCUAGCCCACCUUCUUCGAUGGAUAGACCUGCCGAGCGACCAGCGACCGAGCUUCAUCUGUGGCUAUGCACCAGACAUUGACAGCCUAACGCACUCCCACGGUGUCAACAUCUCUCAUCCCUCAAUCACUGAGGCGCUCCUCUCCAUUGACGAGCUUCUCCCUUCGCUCCUCUCGGCCAUUGCGCUCCGAAACGCUACGGAUCUUGUCGACAUCAUCCUCGUUUCUGACCAUGGCAUGACGUCGACAUCCAAUGACCGCUUGCUCUUCCUCGACGAUAUCCUCGGGCCGGCCCUCUUCUCGAGGAUCAAGUCGAGGCACGCCUGGCCGAAUGUAGAGCUUCGAUUCGAGUCGGCAGAUGACGAAGACGAAGCACGGGCGGCCCUUUCGCGAGCGAGGAAAAAAUACAGGACGUUCGACGUCCUCGAUCGUUCUCAGCUCGUGGAGCGCUUCAAUUGGUCAGCAGAUGCCGGAAGCCUCCAUGACAGGGUGGGCAACCUAUGGGCCUUGCCAGAUGUCGGAUAUAGCUUCACGACGCACGAAGAGAUGCGCUCGUUUGAGGACGGUGUCUACUCGCCAAGAGGCAACCAUGGAUACGACAGCCGCUCAGCGGACAUGCAAGCCUUCUUCCUCGCCCAUGGCCCUUCGUUCCGGAAGAGGCCGACUCCACAAGUCCCGACGUUUCCCAACACGGAGAUCUACAACCUCGUUCUGGACAUCUUGGCCGUCGAUAACGCUCACAGAGCGCCAAACAAUGGAACGCCUCACUUCUGGGACAAUUACUUGCGUGCUAAUGCCAUAGAUUGA